AUGUGCUUCAAAAUGAAACAUCAUUUAAUUCUGAUUUUUUCGCUCAUUGCCAUUUCAAAUGGUUACAAAAUCCUAUUUUUGGUGCCUUUCCCUGGUCCGAGUCACUGGUUUUUACUGCAGAAUUUCCUCAAAGAAUUGGUUAACCGUGGCCAUCAUGUCACUGCAAUUGUGAACAAGAAAAUUUCCAAUUUUAAUUCACCAAAUUAUACGGAAAUUUUAAUCGAUCCACCCUAUGAUUUGUCUGCUGUUUUUUCCAAAGAUGACUUAUUCAAAAAGACCGGCCAAAGUGAUUUUGACACGCUUCACUUGUAUGAUAUAGUUGCAACACCAUCAAGUGAAUAUGGUUUAAAACAUCCGGAUGUGCAGCGCAUAAUUCAUAGCAACGAUUUACACUUUGAUUUGGUAAUAAUAGAAGAAUUUUUUAGUGAAAGUUGGCUUAUGUUCGGCUACAAGUUUAAUGCGCCGGUGGUUACAAUUUGCACAUAUGGAUACUCGGAUUUUUUCGAUCGUACAAUGGGUAUGCUGACACCUUGGUCGCAUAUCGCCCAUAUGAUACUUCCAUUCGGCGAUGACAUGACCUAUUCGGAAAGAGUUUACAAUGUGGUUUUAUCGCUGUAUGAUUGGGCACUUAGAGAUUGGAUCGUGUUGCCAAAACAAAAUAGGAUCGCACAACGCUAUUUUGGACAUCUGGCGCGCGAUGGAAAACCGUUGCCAUCUGUGCAAGAGUUGCAUAACAAUAUUUCUAUGAUUCUCACAAACACGCAUCGAAGCACCUCAAAACCACGACCGCAAAUGCCUACCAUAAUAAAUGUUGGAGGUGCUCAUAUGAAACCACCGAAACCUUUGCCGAAAGAUUUAAAAGACUUUCUCGAUCAUUCAAAGCAUGGUGCAAUAUUAUUUUCUCUCGGUUCAUUCAUUCAAUCAUCUGAUAUGCCACCAGAAAGAAUCGCUUUAUUCUUCAACAUUUUUAGUAAAUUGAAACAGAGAGUCAUUUGGAAAUUUGAAACCGAAACUUUGCCAAAUAUUCCACCGAAUGUAAAAAUCAGCAAAUGGCUACCCCAAGCGGAUAUACUUGCCCAUCCAAACGUUAUUCUUUUCAUUACACAUGGAGGCAUGUCUGGAACAUUUGAAGGAACUGCUCGUGGAGUGCCAAUGCUAUUUAUUCCGUUUUUCGGCGACCAAAUGAGAAAUUCUCUCAAAUCGGUUGCAUCUGGAAAUGCUCUUCAAUUGCCAUACACGGAUAUUACACUUGAAAGUCUUUCAACAAAAUUGAAUGAGCUGCUAACCAACAAAUCAUAUUACAAUCGAGCAAAGGAAUUAGCGAGUUUAUUCAAUGAUAACCUGAUGCAUCCAAUGGAUGAAGCAAUGUUCUGGAUUGAAUACGUGGCUCGGAAUAAGGGAGCAAAACAUCUGAAAUCAAAUGCCGUCAACAUGUCUUUGUUUUCGUACUUGCUGCUUGAUAUCAUUUUAGCACCAUUCGCGGUUAUUUACAUUUUGUACCUGGCAGUUAAAUAUUUGAGCAAGGAAAAAACACCAGAAAGUGAAUGAUAAAAUGAGAGCCGGUUCGAGAAUAAAAGAAUUGUGGCAGUUUAAUUGUUUUGGAAAGAUAAGGGGUAUUGGUUUUCAAAAGCCAAAAAUAAAUAUUAUUCGA